UAAACAUGUUGGUAUCAUUGUUUUAAAUUUAAGACACUUGAAUAUAUCUUCGUAACGUAUGUCAACGGCAUAUCUUACCAAUUUCUUUCAGACGGUCUGCCUGUCGUUGAUCUGUGGCACGGCCGACGUGGUGAUUAAAAAGAAUGGCCGCUACACAACUAAAUCGAGCACGAACCAUCAAGAAAGUUGAAAAACCUCGACCGCUUAAACUUAAUCAACGCCACGCGACCGUCGAUGGGCGGAUUACGACUGUGGAGGAUAUAGUCUCCUUAAUCGACAAUGUUGCAAUGCAACUAACUAAUGGCUUCCAUGACCGAGCGCUGCAAAUGAAUGUGAUUACAAUGUGCAAUCAUUUAAAACUUUAUGCUCAUCAAUUAGAAGCUAUUUAUAAAGAUCAGCUAGAUAGAGCUUUUGUGGCAAUCAGAAAUGGAAGUCAAGACGAAAGACUAGAUUUGACGACUAGGGUUCACUUGCUGGAACUUAUAGAAUUAAGAGCUAAACAAUGGCGUCACACAGAUUCUAUGGACGUAUAUUAUACACAAAAAUUAUCUCAUUUGGAUAAUGCAGAAGCAAUUCCUGAUACACCUACAAAUGCAUUGUCAUCUCCAAUGGCAACUAUGACUUCACCUACUAUAACACCUAUCUUGGGACCUGGUGAAGUUAUAAAAAAUAGUGGCAAAUUUGUUAAACCUACUCGUAUUCCUGGAAAAAACUACUGUAAAGAUGAAGUUGUUAUACGUAACAGUGAUUCUGGUAAAGUGAUGGGAAUAAAAGGGCGGCGGGUUCACAUGAUCGAAGAGCUCAGCCAGACAAUCAUCUCCUUCCAGCGAGUAAACCCUGGAGCCAAAGAACGACUUGUCCAAAUCACGGGUACUUCCGAGGACAAGAUACAUUACGCGAAGGAUUUGAUAAAAGAUACGAUACAACGAAAUGCAUCGCCGGUGAGAUUAGAACAAGGUGGAGGAGAAAAAGGAGCUAUGGGUGGUUCAAGCUCCUCAUUAAAUAGUAGUGCAUCAGACGAAAGUAAUCGAUUGCAACAUCAACAACAAAACUCUCGUUUACGAAGUUCACUCCUCCACAGCUUCUCCACCAACGACGCCAGUAUAGGCGAAUAUAAAUAUACGGUUACUGUUGGUAACCAAUCUUUAAAAAUCACAGGAUGCAAUCUUGAUCUUGUUAGGACUGCAAAGCUAGUUUUAGAUGAACAUUUCUUGGGAGAUUCUGAAAAUUUUACAAGUGGUAUAGAAUAUUUCAAUUUUGAAGAAGAAUCUCCUUAUUCAAUCUCGUCUUCCAAUACACAAAAAACAUUAUUAACUCCAAGCAAUACAAAUGAAGUAGGCCGAGAAUUAAAUAUGGAUAGUGCUGCAACUUCAGAAAGUGAAGAAACUUAUAAACCUCAUAUAAUAUCUGAACCAAAUUCAUCAACUCAGGAAGUUCCAGAAGUUAGAGAACUCACGUAUGAGUUUUUGUUGCUGUGUUCAACAGGCCCUUAUGCUAAACGGCCACCUGCAGAUUGGGUUCGCAUUCAAAAGGAAUGUCCCAACAUUGUUCGCAAGGAACCGAUUCGCUGGUUCGAACCGGAAACAUAUAAAGCUAAGAUAGCAGCUGCUGGUCUUAUUACAGUAUUGACAAUUGGAGAAGGAGAAACUGAUCCAGAAUGAAAUUACAUAAUUUAAUAUUUUGAUCAUCAAAUUGUAUGUAUUAAUUUACAUCGGUUUUUAUCUCGAUGUAUUGUGAUAAAUUUUCAAAACUUUGUAUAAUAUUCUAAAAUGAACAAAUGUGUAAUAUGUAUGACUUCAUUGCAAUACACAAUAAUUUAUGAGUAACAA